UACUUUUCAUUUUUAUUUUCCAUUAUUUAUUAUUUUUAUUUAUUAUGGUUUAGAAUAUAGAUAAAUGGAGUCGAGUGAAGAGGAUUCUGAUCCUCCACAUCCUACUAAGAGAAGUAGAAGGAAUUUAUCUGAAUUAAAUCCUGAUACUAAAGGUCAUUCUUCAUCAAAUAUAUCAUAUAAUUUCUCUAAACAUACGUCUGAAUCCAUCUCGCUAUAUGGUAAACACGAAGUUAGAAAACAUGAUAAACAAAGUAUUGUAACAUUGAAUAAAUCACUUGGAAUAGUAAAUGGAGUUUCUACUAAGGUUGAACAGCCUCUGGUUCCAUAUAGAUCAACUCUUGCUAGACUUGAAAAGCGUAAAAAGGUAAAAGAAUUAAAUGAGGAUGACUACGUGGCAUGUAUGGAAAAUAUAAUUGAACGGGAUUAUUUCCCCGAUUUAUUAAAGUAUAGAUAUUUGAAGGCAAUUUCUGACGCUGAAAACGCAGGAAAUAAAAGAUUGGCAAGAAAAUUAACUAGAGAGUUGGAGAUGAUAAAAUCAGGCAAACUUGACAAUAAUGUGUACCUUAAAACCUUGGGAGAAGAGAAUAUAAUGGUAAAUUUAGGUAGGGAUGGGCUUAAACUUGAUGAGUUUAACAGGAUUUUCUCAUCAGAAGAUAAUCGGAGUUUUGACCGGUUAAUGGAAAAGGAUAUAGAAUCAAAGAUAAACAAGAUGAAGUGGAUAGAAGAUGCUGAGUAUAAACAUAAUCUAGCUAUUUCUGAUAUUCAGAAGAAAACUAACUUGGGAAUAAGGGCACAUUACACACAGCAUAACAAAUUUGAGGCUAGAAAUUCACUAUACUUUACUCCAGAAUUGAGUAUUCCGGAACAAAAACCGUGUGAAAUCAUGAGUCAAAAUACUAACUUAAACAUUGACGAGAAGGAAAUGGAAAGAAUGAAAGAAAUGCAUACAAAGAAAACGGAAGAGAAUAAACAACGAAUAGCUGACGAGAAGCUAUCUGAGUUGCUAGCCGCCGAAGGUGUUUCUAAGAAUAAAGAACUGGUCAAAAACAGUAAAUACUACAGUUCAUACGUGUUUACACCAAAGAUUAUCGCAGGUGAAGCUGAGCCUAUAUUCACUUGGGGUACAAUUUCGAGUAUAGAAUCUAUUCCACCAACUCCUCUAGUGGGUUCAGAUGAUCCGAAUUUUUCAGAUGACACUGUUAAGAAUAUUAUUAAAAGUGAUAAGAGUUUGAAGGAUGGGAAGGAGUUUAAUAUGCCGAAGCCUUUAGAGAGGGAAGAAAUCGCAAAUAAGUUAUAUAAGAAGUUGAAAACACCCAAAACACCUAUGGUGCCAGGCACUCCUUUUACGCCGAAAACACCUUUAAUUGUCCAGAGACUAAUUGCUAAACACACUAAGAACGUAGAUGUUCAACUCAGAGAUGCUUACUCAGCUCGUAAAUACAAAUCCUCUAAAGCUUCUUCAAUCGCAUCUCAUAAAUAAUUUUAUACUGCAAACA